AAAAAAAAAAUCACGUCAAUGAAUUAUCUUUUUUUCAUAAAUAAAUUUUGAUUCGAAAUGAGGCAAUGAUCCAUAUGGAGCACUACCUACUCAAAAUCUUGCAGAGUUGCAAGUGCCUGAGAGAGAUGAAGCAGUCUCAUCUUCAGAUUCUCAUCCAUGGCUUCCAAGAUAGCAACUUUACAAUACCCAAACUCCUCACUGUCUCCUCUCAACUUGGUUAUAUCGAUUAUGCUUUCAGGGUAUUUCAAAAUUGUCGUUUUCCCAAUGUUGUCGUUUACAAUACUCUAAUAAAAUGCUUUGUAGGCAAGGGCCCUCGUGGUUGUGAUUACGCUUUGCAUGUUUAUGAUCAAAUGAAGGCCUUUGGUGUUGCUCCUAAUAGUUUCACCUUCACUCUCAUUCUUAGGUGUUUUGAAUCUUUUGAGGCUCUUAAAUAUGGUGAAGUUAUUCACUGUGAGAUUGUCAAACUGGGUUUUUGUUCUAGCGUCUUUGUUCAGAAUACUCUCUUGGAUUUCUAUGCUAAAUGCUGUGAAAAUUUGGAGAACGCCUGCCGUCUGUUUGAUGAAAUGCCUGAAAGAGAUGUCGUUUCGUGGAAUAGUAUUAUUACUUCUUAUAUGGCCCGUGGUGAGAUAGAAUCUGCGUUAAGGUUGUUUAAUUCGAUGCCAGAGAGGAACAUUGUGACAUGGAACUCUGUGAUUUCUGGGCUUUCCAAGGCUGGACAUAUGGAAUUGGCUUGUACAUUUUUUAAGAAAAUGACAGAAAGAAACGAGGUCUCGUGGAACUCCACAAUAUCUGGAUAUGUUAGGUUGGGUGAUAUCAAAUCGGCACGGUGUGUAUUUAAUGACAUGCCAGACAAAACUGUGGUUUCUUGGACGGCCAUGGUUUCAGGAUACACUAUGAUUGGUGAUCUUAAGUCGGCCAGGAGUAUAUUUGAUCAGAUGCCAGUUAAGAAUGUUGUAUCAUGGAAUGCUAUGAUUGCAGGUUAUGUUCAUAACCACAUGUUUGAUCAAGCUCUUCAGAUGUUCAGUCAAAUGUUGAUAGACGGCAACUGCAGGCCUGAUGAAACUUCUUUGGUCAGUGUACUGUCUGCUUGUUCUCACUUGGGAUCUCUUGAACACGGUAAAUGGGUAGAUUCCUAUAUUAAGAGAAGCAACUUCAGCUUGUCCAGUCCCUUGGGCAACGCUUUAAUGGAUAUGUUUGCAAAGUGUGGUGAUGUCGAAAAUGCAAAAGUAAUUUUCCAGAAGAUGCCUAAAACAUGUAUCAUCACGUGGACGACAAUUGUUUCAGGUCUAUCUAUUAAUGGAAAGUGCAGGGAAGCCUUAAAACUCUUUGAUUCAAUGUGUGCUGCAGGGGUUAAACCAGAUGAUGUCAUCUUCAUUGCAGUUCUGUCUGCUUGCGCCCAUGGAGGAUUUGUGGAAGAUGGUAAAAGGAUAUUUUGCCAGAUGGUACUAGAGUUUGGUAUAAAACCUCAAAUUGAGCAUUAUGGUUGUAUGGUCGAUCUUUUGGGUCGAGCAGGGAAGUUGGAAGAAGCAGUCAAGUUUGUAGAGAGCAUGCAGUUGGAGCCAAAUGCUGUUAUUUGGGCAACUCUAUUAGGUUCGUGUAAGAUUCAUGGAAAUGAAAACUUGUUAGAGUCUGUAACAAAAAAGAUUAUUGAACAGGAGCCUUCAAACCCAAGUUACUUAACUCUAAUUUCAAAUUUGAGUGCAUCUGUGGGACGGUGGAAAGAUGCCUUGAACUAUAGAAUGGCUAUGAGACAACAAGGAGUUGAAAAAGUUCCUGGUUGCAGUUCAAUCCAAUUAGGGAAUGUGGUUCACGAGUUUCUAGCUAGAGAUACAAGGCAUGAAGAAAGAAAAGAUGUUUAUGAAGUUCUAUAUUGUUUAAGCAAACACUUGGACGCAUCAUGUGAUGAAACAUUAUGACACUUGACAUGGUCGAUUUUCACUAUGGUAUAUAAUUGAUGAAUGAGAACAAUAAGUUACUGGAUUUUGCCUCAUCUGUAAACUAGGACUUGUUAAAAGGAAAAUUCAUGUGAAAGUCUUUGCUAUGCGCUUUUGAGUGGGACAAUGCAUUUUACAUUGUUACAAAAACGACAAGGCACAUUCGCUCUAAUAUACAUUGUCUUGUUGGAGACUAGAUGGGAAAGGUCCACCACAAGGAAAAUUGAGAAGAUAUCUGCAGAGACAUAAUAACAGAAGAUCUGAACAUGCAUAAUGGAUACAAUUUACAGCAGAGAUAAUUAAAUGGUCAAUGCUUUUUUCAUCUUCAGGAGAUUGGGAGGAGUGGUCACCACUUUCUCGGGACUUUUGUAUAAAUGCACCUAGUUCAAAAUGUCAGUGUGCACUAGAAAUUGAGACAUUAUUGUAAUAGGUAGUUGGGAUCUGAUCAGCUUUACAGUAAAGCAUGGCCCUUUAAGUGACACAA